UAAGCUAUAACUUGUUAUAAACACCAAUUUCUUCACAAUGAUUCAACCCACAGCAAACAAUCCAUUUAUAGAAUCUUGAUAUUUCCAUUUUAACUCUCAAAAAACUUUGGAUUAAUUCAUUAAUUCCAAUUCUAAAACAUGGAAAACAAUAGCCCAAAAGUAGAGAUGAUGAAGCCAGUGUUCCUCAAAGCUGGAAUCCCACUAGCCAUCACUUUAGCUGGUUACAUAAUUGCCAAAAUCACAACAAAAAAAUUCUCAAAUUCUCAAAUUUCACCAAUUCAAGAAAUUCCUCAUGAAGUCUCAACAAGAAAUGAAAGUGGUCAUCAAAAUCUUGAAAAUUCAGAAUCUUUUUCUUGUAUAGAAGCUGAUGAUGAUGAUGAUGAUAUUUGUUCUACAAAUACCCUUCAUAGAGAUUCAUCAGAAAGUUUUGAUCAAAAAUGUAAAUUUCAAGAAAAUCUUCAUGGGGUUUCAAGAAAUGAAAGUGGUCAUCAAAAUCUUGAAAAUUCAGAAUCUUUAUCUUGUAUUGUAGCUCAUGUUGAUGAUCAGUCUUCUACACAUACCCUUUAUAGAAAUUCAUCAGAAAGCUUUGAUCUUUUUCAGGAUAAAUGUAAAUUUCAAGACAUUGAGGCAAAGUUUCAACAGUAUACACACUUGAAAGAGCAAGAAAUUGCACUUAUGGACAUGCAAAACAAGUUGUUAUUAGAGAUCAAUAAAAUAGAUUUCCUUAGUAAAGAAAUUACACUAAUGGAAGCAGAGAGCCAAAGAUUUCAUAACAUGGUAAUUGAGUAUUUGAGAAUUAUGGAACUUCUUGAUUUGUCAAAAUCAGAAAAUAGUUUGCUUCACAGAAGAGUUAAGAAGCUUUUGAAGAAGAUUAAAGAAUAUUCAAGAGUUGUGAAGGAACAGAACAUUCAACUUGAAGCUAAGGAAACUGAAAUUUCAAGAAAUCAAGAAGGGCUAGAAAUGAAACAUCAUGUCAUCGAAGAAAUGGAACUAGAAAUUAAGGAGCUGAAAAUGGCUAUUGAGCAAUUACAAAUGGAGAAGGUUGGAUUACUAAGCAAGCUGGAAUUGGCAGAAAAUUCAAAUGAAUCAAAGAAUGAUGGGGAAGUGGUAACUGUAGAAGAUUACAAAGAAUUGGUAAAUGAACUUGGGCAAUUGCGGCAGGACAAAGCUGCUGAAGACAGAGAACUUAUAUACCUAAGGUGGUGCAAUGCAUGUUUAAGACAUGAAUUAAUGAGAAGAAAUCAAGAACAAAUGGAACAAGUGAAAAAUCAUCAAGAAAAUAGAGAAAUUGUUGAAGAAUUUGUACCACAAGCGAAAGAGUUAAUUAUGAGGAGGAGUUUAUCAGUGGGGCACAAUGAAUCUUGUUCAAGUUCACCUAUUAAUGGAGGCAAUUCAAAUGAUCAUUCAAAAAGGAAAAAACUAAUGCAAAAGUUCAAGAAAUGGGUAGAGGGAAGUGAUAAAAUGAAACAAGAAGCAAAUUGCUUUAAAAGGCAUUCUGUUUCUGAUCAUACUGAGGAUUUAAAUAUGCUUCCUGCAAGAAAGUCAUGCUAGUGCCUAAUUAUUUGUGUAUUUUGUAAUUUCUUCAUAUUUGUCUGCCUACAUUGUGGAGAUUACAUUAACAUAUGGAUAUGACACAAAACUAAUUGACUCA